AUGACAAAAGAAAAAUUUCAACAUUUUCUUUCUUUUCAUUUUUUUUUAUUCUUUCUUCUUCACCUUUUUAAUUCUUUUUCAUUUUUGAAUAUUCUUUCUUCCUCACCUUUUUGUUUAUUCUUUCUUCUUCACCUUUUUUUAUUCUUCUUUUCUUCCCUCACCUUUUUGCUUAUAUCUUUCUUCCUCAACCUUCUUUCUUAUUCUUUCUUCUUCUCCUUGCAGACAUUGAAGUCCUUUCCUUUUUUUGCUUAUUCUUUUAAUCUUCAAUUUUUUGCUUAUUCUUUCUUCCUCACCUUUUUUCUUAUUCUUUCUUCUUCACCUUUUGCUUAUUCUUUCUUCCUCAAUAAUUUUUUUUUCUUAUUCUUUCUUCCUCACCUUUUUGCUUAUUCUUUCUUCUUCACCUUUUUGCUUAUUCUUUCUUCCUCACCUUUUUGCUUAUUCUUUCUUCCUCACCUUUUUGCUUAUUCUUUCUUCUUCACCUUUUUGCUUAUUCUUUCUUCUUCACCUUUUUGCUUAUUCUUUCUUCCUCACCUUUUUGCUUAUUCUUUCUUCUUCAAUUUUUCUGAUUAUUCUUUCUUCUUAAAGCUUAUUCUUUUCUUCUUCACCUUUUUUUUUAUUCUUUGUUUUUGCUUAAUUCUUUUAUUCCUCAAAAUUUUGAUUAUUCUUUUUUCUUUUUUUUUGCUUAUUCUUUUUUCUUCAUUUUUGCUUAUUCUUUUCCUCACCUUUUUGCUUAUUCUUUUACUUCCUCACUUUUUGCUUAUUCUUUCUUUUCACCUUUUUUUCUUAUUCUUUUCUUCUUCAAAAUUUUUGCUUAUUCUUUCUUCCUCACCUUUUGCUUAUUCUUUUCUUCUUCACCUUUUUGCUUUUUUAAACUUCUUUGUUGACUGUCUCUUGUGGGUGGGACAGAUUGAUUACAUCUUAGGAAAUGGAAGGGCUGAGGAACUGCCUUUUCAUGAAGGAGUUGAACUAGAAAAGAAGCCAAGAAUUCCCUGUCUCUCCUCACCAGAAUCUUUUUCCCCAGAAAUAUCAGAGGGAGGGGGGGGUCCAACAUUUAUUGAGGGAAUAGACAUUUAUCUAUCUAUCUAUCUAUCUAAUAUUCUAUUUCAUUCAUUCAUAUUCAUAUUGUUCCCUAUCUAUAUAUUUUUAGCUGUAUAUUUCUAA